AUGAGGGCCUGCUUGGUGUUCAUUUUCUUGCUGGCAGCAACUUUUACCUUGUCUGUAAAAAGUAAGCCUCAUGGAAAACAUCAUGGAUUACAUAAAUCCUCACACACAACCAAAGAAAAGGACACUAUCACAGAGGAGGCAAACAAUCCACAGGUCUUGCCCACUUUAAUCACCUUUGAGGCCAGCAGCCAAGAACAGGAAGAUGAGGAGCUGAGCUCAGAGCCUAAUGUUAAUACUAAGAAGGAGAAUGAAGAAGCAGCUGAAGAGAAAGAGAAAAGCUCAGCAGUACUGUUAAGCGAGGAGGAACUGGUAGACCUCUUGAAGAAGGAGGUAGAAGAAGAGGAAGAAGGUGAAGAAGAACUGGAAGAUGAAGAAGUGGAGAUUGGAGAGACUGUGAGGAUGAUUGAAGAUGAGGAAACUGAGGGGGAGGAGAAGAAGUUGGGUGACAACUUGGAAGCAAUGGAAAAAUUAAAGGGUGAGGAAGAUGCAAGGGAUGACAGCGUUGAAGACGAAUUACAAGAAAAGGUUGAGAAGAUAUCUAUCAAGGCGGAGAAGCCUGAUGGCGAGAUAGGUGACAGAAGAGAAAAGGUAGGAUUGCUGGAAGAACCGGAGAGCAGCACAGAAUCAGAGAUCCCAGCUGAUCUUGAUUAUGCUGCUGAUAGUAGUAUUCUUCAACCUUUUGAGUUUGAGUCAGCCAAAAUCAACCCCAAAGCUGAUGACACAGAAUCUAUUUCAGAAAAGGAUGUUCAGGAUGCAAAAAUGAAGGAAGCAAGUGAGAAAGACCUGCUCGGUACUGGUGAUGACUAUGAUCAAGACAUGCAAAACACUGAGGCAGGAGACAAUGAGCAAAAAUCCGAACAGGACAAGGACAAAGAGUUUCUGGGCAAAUCUAAAGAAAUGAGUAAGGAAGACCCUGAGUCAAAUGUGGAUUCUCAAGAGCUAAAGAGCAGCACAGGGCUUGAGUCCGGCUCACGGCCAUCUGGAGGAGAGGAAGACAAGAGUAAGAACGACAGUGGAAUUAACUCCAAGGGAAGGACAAGGAAGCAGAAGAAAAACCAGAGAGCAAGGAAACACUCUGUGCAGAGGGAUGAAACACAUCCAGCACACGAAGAGAGCCAACAGGAGUCUGAGGGCAGCAGCAGUGAGAAUACAGUCCACAAGGCCAAGCGGAGAAGGGCAGGGAAAUGGGGUCCUUUAGUAGGCGUGAAUCCAGUGCAGAUAAGAGCUUCACUGGAUCUGUAUCCUGAUUCCAGGACCCCUUUUGGUGGAGGCAUACAUAUCCCAGAAACCCCAUCUGAUCCUUGUAACAAUUUCCGUUGCAAGCGUGGAAAAACAUGUAAACUGGAUGCCAAUGGUAAGCCAGGCUGUGUGUGCCAGGUACCGUCAGAAUGCCCACCAAGUGUUAAUGAAUUUGAUCGUGUUUGCGGGACAGACAACAAAACGUAUGAUACAUCAUGUGAAUUAUUUGCAACUAAAUGCAACUUGGAGGGGACCAAGAAAGGCCAGAGACUUCAUUUGGACUACACUGGCCCAUGCAAAUUGAUACCAUUAUGUGUGGAAUCCGAGUUGCUCCAGUUCCCUCUACGAAUGAGGGAUUGGCUGAAAAAUGUGCUGUUGCAGCUCUAUGAGCAGGAUACUGCAUCCCCUGGCUUCCUUACCCCAAAACAGCGUUUUAGAGUGAAGAAAAUCUUUGAGAAUGAGCGGCGCCUUCAUGCUGGUGAUCACUCCAUUGAACUGCUUACACAAGACUUUGAGAAGAACUAUAACAUGUACAUCUAUCCAGUACACUGGCAGUUUGCUCAGCUAGACCAGCACCCUUCUGACAGGUACUUGUCUCACUCGGAGCUGGCUCCACUCCGUGUCCCCCUGGUGCCGAUGGAACACUGCACCUCUCUCUUCUUCCAGGAAUGUGAUGCCGACAAAGACAAACAGGUGUCCUUUAAAGAGUGGACCUCCUGUUUUGGUAUCAGAAAUGAUGAUAUGGAUGUCAACCUGCUUUUCUGAGAUGGAUUUUGUACCUCAUCUCCCACGCAAGCUUAGCGAAGCCGCUCUUUGAACCAUCUGGCUCUUGAUAUUGUGUUGAAAUGUUACUACACACAAUUACAGAUACAAAAAAAAAAAAAAAAAAAAAAAUUACCUCCUGCUUUUUAAGACAAGUGUUGGUUAUUGUUAUCUUGUGACAGAGUACGCUUGGACAUUUCAAUUGGUGACCUGUAUUUUAGAUUAAACUGUUAGAAUGUAGCAGAGUUAAUUCAGAAACUGUUUUCUAAUGCAUUCCAAACUUGGGGAAAGUUUACUAAAGCUUUUUAAUAGAAAAGAUGUCACACAGCAUGCAAUGCCAGGCCUGAAAAGAACUAUGGUUUGUUUGAUUUAUGCCUGAAUUACUCUAUAAAUCAUGAAGGUUUAGUUCCCUUGUGUUAUACUACUCCUGUAAAUCAGUAAAUGUUUAACUUGGUAGCAAAUCCUGAAAAUGUUUCCAUUAAAGCGCCAAUUAAAAUCUUAUGGACAACUAAAAGUUCACUUGAUCACAUAGAAUAUUUAUGUGUGUCAUGUUAUUAAUGAUGACUUGUGUUCCUUUAAUAUUCUGA